UCAUGUAUGACUUACGUACUUUUCUGUCGUAGUCCAAAUGAAACGGGUCCUUUAGCGCCGAAAAUCUUACUUGGGAAUUAAAUUGAGUCUCCAGGAUCAGCUGUGGUUGGCGUCUUGUUCUGAUAAACAAGUAAUGAACCUCAGAAACAGAUGAAGAAUGGAGGGAAUCCUAUACAAGUGGACAAAUUACAUAAGUGGUUGGCAGCCUCGCUGGUUUGUACUGGAAGGAGGGACUUUGUCCUACUAUGACUCCCAAGAAGAUUCCUGGAAAGGAUGCAAGGGCAGCAUCAAAAUCUCAGUGUGUGAAAUACAAGUCCACUCCUCUGACUUCACACGUGUUGACCUGACCAUCCCUGGAGAACAGUACUUCUACCUCAGAGCCAUCAACGCAGCGGAGAGGCAGAAAUGGCUGGUCGCCUUGGGAUCUGCAAAGGCCUGCCUCACAGACAACCGAACCAAGAGAGAGAAAGAGCACCAGGAGAACACAGAGGCUCUGAAGACCAAGAUGUCAGAGUUGAGGCUGUACUGUGACCUUCUCCUCCAGCAAGUCAACCAGAUCAAGGACAGUGAGGAGACUGAGGAGCCAGGGGAGAACUCUGGCACCAUGGUGAAGUCUACAUGCACCACCUUCCUCAAGACGUUGGAGGAGUGCAUGCUGAUCGCCAACCGCACCUUCAGCUCAGACCAGGCUACAAAGACCCCGCCCGGGUCACCUCCCGUGGCCACCAUCAAACCCCAGAAGGUCAAACCUGUCAAUCAAUCAAAUCAGGAAAAACAGAGGGAGUUAAAAGAAAUCUCAGAAGGAUCUGUAACCCAUGACAACCAGAUCCUUGACUCUAGAGCAGUGGGACCAGACCAACUAGAAGGACCAGACACACUCCCUGAGAGAACCACCCAAACACCCCCUACAGAGAAUAGCCCAGCCGGCGGGGACCACCAGGACCCAGAGGAGUCUGUAGUGGAGGAGGAAGAGGAGGAGUCCGCUCCCCAAACCAAUCCUGACCCAGAACACACUGACCAACCAGCACAGCAAGAGGAAGAGGAGGAAUUCAAAGAGGUGGAGCAGGAAAUGAGCAAUGCCCAAGAAGAAGAGAAACAGGAAGUGACCCAGGACCAACAGGAAACUGUCACUGACCAAGAGGAAGCCAAGCCGGAGGGAGAAGAAGAGGAGGAGACAGAGCAGGUGGACACAUUCUUCAGUACGAUGAGUCACAGAUUCAGUGAUAUAAGACUGGUUGAAGACAGUGGUAUCCCUACACAAGCCUUUUUGGACUCAUGCUAUGCAAUAGUGCCUGUAUUAGACAAACUAGGAUCCACAGUAUUUGCGCCAGUUAAAAUGGAUUUUACAGGCAACAUCAAGAAGAUCCACCAGAAGCUGUCGUCGGACCCAGGCAGCUUCCCCACACUACAGACCAUAGUGCUCCACGAGGUGCAGACAGGCGUGUCCCGCGUCCGCAACUCAGCCACCGAGGCCCUGCUGUGGCUCAAACGAGGACUCAAGUUCCUCAAGGAGUUCCUGUCCCAGGUCAACUCUGGGGAAAGGGAUAUCCCCGGAGCGCUGGGUAAUGCUUAUGGACGGAGUCUGCGUCAGUAUCAUGGAUGGGUCGUGCGAGGUGUAUUUGCUCUGGCCCUCCGAGCAGCACCAUCCUACAGCAGCUUUGCGGCUGCCCUGGUGUCAAGAGAGGGGGAUGAACUGAAAGAAGGAUUCAACACAGGCAUGCACCGGGACCUGGGGGUCUACCUGCCUGCCAUGGAGAAACAACUGGCCAUCCUGGAUGCCCUGUAUGAAGAAUACAAUCUGGAGUCAGAGGAGGUAGUCUGAGACGAGAUCCCUACUGGUGGUCUGAGACUGACUGGGACACAUUACCAGAGGAGGAGGAGGAGAGCUUUCUGAGACUCCGACCAUCUGGGAUACACUGACGGAGGAGGAGGAGUUAUAGGAGAGCUUUCUGAGACUCAGACCAUCUGGGAUACACUGACAAAGGAGGAGGAGGAAGUGGAGGGAGAGGAGAGAGCCCCCUGGAGGUGUGGGCUUGGUUGGUUGGCUCCCCAAGAACAGGGUCGAGCCCCAGGGAGCAUGCUCACUAGAUUAGCCAAUCAGAGCCAUCCGGAGGAUCGAGGGGCGUGAGUGAGUGUGAGCAUGCCCGGUGUAAAAUGAGAUGUCCGUAAUACCAGGUGUUGUCUCACUCUUAACUCUGGAACAAUGCAAUCUACAUAGGUCUAAUGGCUGUAGAGGGGCUAGGCUUUGGAGGGGGGACUUUUUCAGGUUUUCAUUCUAGUGGUUCAGACUCAGUACUUCCAAUUACAAAGGGUGCCCUGUUUUACAAACUCUAACCUUGGUGGAAUUGAAUGGUGGUCUUCUGACUGAGCACGCGUCCUGACGAUGGAUGCACUCUUCACUCCGUUAUAGUGGCUUUGACUGUACUUGAUGUAGUGUACAGUACUUUAGACUUAGGCUAUUUUGAUCUGGUGACUUCCAUGAUGAAGAGGUGCACCAUUGGUUGCUGAGAAUGCACAAAUAUGAACUUUUACUUUAAAUUGAGGCUGAUAUUAUUAUUAUUAUUAUUAUUAUUAUUAUUUGACAGCAUACUGUCCAUAGGCUGUAUGUAAUGAACUGCCUACAACACUGAGGAGUAUAAUGUAGUGGUCCUAGUAUUGAUCCCUGCUGAACUCCAUACAGCAAUAUAUCUACAUGGAUGACCUACGCAUCUCCAGCCUCCACAACCGCCUCCAGCCUCCACAACCGCCUCCAGCCUCCACAACAGCCUCCACAACCGCCUCCAGCCUCCACAACCGCCUCCAGCCUCCACAACCGCCUCCAGCCUCCACAACCACUCAUUCUCUCUCACAUUGUCUCAUCUACAAACCUAUUGUUUACCAAGUGACAUUAUUAAUUUAACAUGAGUAAAAUACUAGUUCAUGUUAUCUUUUUCUUAAUAAUUUUAAUGUAGUCUUUAUGAGUGACUCAUGGACAUUUACAUCCAUAUAGAACAUGGUUUAUUGCAUGAUUUAAUGUAUAGGGUUAGACUGAGGUGCCAACUGAAGUGGAAUAUACAGCAAGACCUUGAUUCAAAAUGUAUUAACGUUUUGAAUGUUACUAAAUGUAUUAACAAUCAUAAUAAUAUGCCAUUUAGCAGACGCUUUUUAUCCAAAACAACUUAGUCAUGCGUGCAUAAUUUUUUUUAAACG